UGGCGCAAAGCACCAACAAAAAAGGAAGCGUCUUAGUUAAAAUAGUCAAAUGAGUCUUUUUCAAACCGCAAAAUGUCUGGUGAUUUAGCUAAUCUACUGAAGGGAAGCCGAUCCAAAGUGGAGUUGGCCUGCAAAAAGGUGGAGGCCACGUUCCGGGAUUUGACUGGAGGAUCCUUUGAUGCUUCCAAUGCGCUGAGGUACGCGCUGAGUGUGCAGAACCACAUUUGUAUUGCCUUGCUGGAUAAUCUACAGAAUGGGGAUCUCUUUAGCGAUAUAGUUGGUAUAAUGCUGCCACAUCUGGUUCCCUAUGAGGCGAAGCCCAGUUUAUGGGACUCGCACUUGACCAGCUUGCGGUACAUACAUCACGGUUUGUGCCAGCAGAGUCACCUCAAAGCCUGUAUAAAGUUGUACAACCUUAUACGAGGUCAACCCUGCCGCCUGCAAGGGGAAUCGAACUUCAAAAUAUAUCUGGACAUCCAUUUGAAACACUUCAAUAGUGUGCAUUUACGGCUGCAAGAGCAAAAUCUUCCUUCGGAGGCCACAACUCAGCUGCGUUAUGCCCUCGAAUCCCUGGGCGAACUUUUUGAUGCCAUGCGGCUCAAGAAAAUCACACAAAUGGGAACACUUUUGGCGCAACUAAACGAAUCUAUGUUUGGCAAAAGAGGAAGGACAUUCUUCAAGUCCCUUGCUCAGUUCCAGCUCUUGGAGAGUCUGAGCAAGAUGCUUAAGCCCCUGUUGAAACUACUGGCCAGCAGUGCUCCAUCGGAAUUGGCCAACCAAUUCCCUGAGUACCUAAGUCUCAUCUUGGCCCUGGUGCAGAUCGAUAUUGUGGGACCUCAGUCUAGCCAGCAAAUGUCGCUGCAGCUGCUGCGCAUGUGCAAGGAGCUGUUUCGCCAGGAAUCCAAUCUAAACUAUGCCCUGCAGCUGAUCUACUACUAUAUCAAGUUGAUCUUUGUCAAGGAGCCCGCCGCAGCCGACUUUAAACGCACCUACAUGGAUCUGUCGCGCAAGUUCCAGGUCUUCUUCGAACACAAGGGCUCCGCCCAUGCCAAGGAGCAGUGGAUCACGGACCUACUGGUGGCCCUUCAAUACCUCCAGGUGUUGAUCCACCAGAGUUGCAGUAAAUACGCCUCACCCUUCCAGUGCUUCUGGCAGCAAAUGCAGGGCGAGGGCAGUUGCGAAGCCUAUGCAGAGCACUUUAAGCUGCUCAAGAGCUGCGGUGCCUUGGCGGUAAAUGUCACACGGAGUCCACUGGGCAGCAAUUGCAAACACGAGGCCUGCAAGAGCUUGAGGAGGCACUGCAUCAUGGCCUAUGGUCUGUGCGCCUUGGAUGCCUACAAUAACUGGCAGCCGACGCAGCAGCAAAAAGCAGAUAAGAGCAUCCACAAACCGCUGCUGGUAGUAGUUAGAUACUCAAUGGAUCUGGCCACGACCAUGAAGUGCCUGGGUCCCACCAGCGUGGAGCUUGUCAAACUGGGACACCAGCUAUUAAUUGCAGCACACCAGGUCUCUUGUCCGGAGCAAAUGUCCCUGCUGGUGGAACUUCUGGAGCCACUGCAGAAGUUGCGGUCCCUGAUUGCCGACAAGGAGAUGCAAGAAAUACUGCGACGUCUCUACAAGGCCAGCUGCCAUUGCCAAGAUCCCCACAUGACCAGUCGCCUGCAUGCCAGUUAUUUGGCAUCGCUAACGAAUCCCAGCCGAUUGAGAGCGCACCUCUGUUUGCACUACCACAAUCAGGUGAAGCUGGGCAAGGAGAUACAGAAGUGCGUCUACGAGUGGCACGAGUCCACUCCACUGCCACAUCCUCUUACUCCUGCCCAAAAGAAACAGUUCUACGAUAUGGAUUUCUUCGUUGCGAUGGAUUACUUGAAUGGUUCCUCAAUGGCGCCCCUACAGUCGCUAGUCCGCUGCCGAAAGAGUGAUUACCAUCUGGUGCUCUUGGCCAGGCGUGUGCGAAGUGAUCUCGCCAUGCUGAAGCAGUGCCAGGAGUUGCGUUCGAAGCUGAAGCAUCAGCGAUCCCUCAGCCGCAUGGAUCACUUGUCGCUGGGUCAUGCCAAUGUGGGCCUACUGUUGGACGCGAUGGAGGCUAAGAAAGCAAAGGUGGCCAACAAAGAGGUGAACGAGAGUUUUCUGGAAGAGCUGCUACUCAGGCAGAACCUAGCGCAGAUUAAUAUUAAACGAGAGCAGCGGCUGGUUGAGCUGGCUAGUGAAGCCAUCACGGCCUUUGGCCACUUCUUUCACCAAGCCGAUCAGGAGCCAUUGGACAUUGAGGAGACCCCCAUUGAUUGGCAGGCCUUGAUCGACGAUGGAGUGGCUGCCGCCAAUGGUCUUUCGACAAUGGGCUAUCGAACCCAAGCGGACGAUGCCUGGCUGCUGCUCUUAAGGAUUGGACGUCUGCUGGAGGAUCGUUUUACCUAUCUUCGAGCCCUAAAUCAUUUCCUCACCCAGAACGAAGUUCAGGCCAGACUGAAACUGAACCUUGCUGAGGAAGUGAAGUGGGCGGAGGAGUUGCUGGAUGAUUUGUGGCCGCAACUGCACAAUGGCAGGUUCUACAAGCGGGAGCAAACAAUGGUGAUGCUCUGUUUUUGUCACCUGGCCAGCUACUAUGCCAGAAGGGAUUGCCUGAGUCAUGCCCAGCUGUUGCUGCUACAUGUGGAGCAGCUUCGCGCCGAGUUUCCUGAAAGAUUGGGCAAGAACGAUAUUAUCUUGAUCACCGUGCAAACAGUGCGCUUUAGACUUCGCUAUCAGCAAAGAAAGCCUGGAAUGCCCAGGAUGAUGAUGCCCCUGCGACAGUUGGACACUCUGAUGGACAAUUUGCGAACUUUCUGCGGUCUAUCCAGUUUGGAUAACAACUCACUGAUGUUGCUUCUCAAUAAUCUUGUGACAGAAAGCACCGAAUGCUCGGCAAACAGAUUGAGCGAACAAGUGCAGCUCUCCCACGUUGUUCUCCGAUCGAACCUGGAAACCGGUUUGGCCCUAAAAACCGUAGAGAUAUUCCUCUCCUGGCUGUGGACCAAUCUGCAAAUGGAAAACUUCGACAAGGCACAGUCCAAGCUGCGACUCAUCGAACACUGUUUGGACAUAAAACCCUUGGCUCGCAAGGAAACCUUGGCUCUACCGGAGAAGGAAGCAGUCAAAGAUCCAGCUAUUGUUGACCUGGCCAGCCACAUGGACCAGCUGCAGCUGGUGGAGCCAAUCAGGAAGCAGCAGCAGCUGAACGCUUACUCGCCAAAGCUGCCCAGCAUGCGCUCGAGUAGUCCCAACUCUCAAAUGAAUUUGAAUCAUUACUUGAACUUGGACAUAGCUCCUUCCAACAUUCGGGAGAAUUCGCAGCUUAAGUGUCUGUAUUUUAUAAUGGGCUGUCUGCAUGCACGUCUCAGCUUUCUGCAGAGGAACAGCGAGGAACAGUUAGAUGAGUUCUAUGAAAGGGCGGCUCAAUGGCUGCAGGAGAACGCAGAGAUGAGUGCUUCAUUGGGUUGCAUGCUGCAGGUGCAGCAGCUCUAUCAUGUCAACUAUCUGCGCUACAGGCGAAAGCAUGUGGAGGCUAUAUCAACGGCUCAGAUGGGUCUUAAAAGGCAAGGACUGCCAGUCGGGGAUGUUAACUAUGCCUGUAACUUUUUCGCUCAGCUCAAGACGGCACAACUGGAGCUGAAACCCCUGGGUCAGGAAAAGACGCAAAACAAGGUACUGCGACGUGCAUUGGUUUUCAAUCCUUCGCCAGAGGACAAUAGCCGAAAUGUGGCAGCAACAGCUUCGGCAGUCAAAGACAAGACGACCAAAAUCAACGAGUCCCACAAAAAACCAUCCAAAUUCAAGAUUUACGAGGAGCUUGAGCUUCGGCCACCAAGUGCGGCGGGCAGUAGUAGCGGGGGAAGCGGCACCGAGAACACACCACCAGCCUCGGAUCACGUGGACUUCAAUUCCUGCCAGCUGAUUGAGAUAAGCGACGACGAUGAAUCACCACCGCCUUUGCUCACCAAGUCAUCCAAAUCGAAAGCCAAAGGGAAAGCAAAGACUAAAGCCACCACAGGCGUCUGUGAAGUAAUCACAUUGGACAACAGCUUGGAUGUAGCCUCUACGCCGAGCACAAGGUCCACCAGAUCAAGGAGGCCACUUCAGCUACCCGAGGACAACCCAACGACAGCCAGCAAAUCAAGGCGACCCAGGCGACAGGUGUCUGCAUCGCAGCCCAAAGACACAGACUCUAGCAGCACACGCAGGCUCAACAGGCACUGACUAGCAUUAGUUACAAUUCUUAUUUAAAAACUGAUUUUCUAUCCAAAUAUAUGUUAUCUAAGUGUUACAAGAAA